AUGUCCUUCUUGUCAAGCAAUCCUAUGGGGAAGGAGCAGAGUUUCCUUAUGGAAUCUUUCAAAGGAAACCCAGGCAGGGUAUUGGCUUACUACCCCACCCCGGUACCUGGGCCUCACUUCAUGGAUGUCCUCAGGACCACUCGCGGUGUCUUCAGUCCCCUCAGGUCCCUGGGACGCCUGGUUUCGGACACUCCGGCCACCCUGCCCUUUAGCUUCGGCGGUCUUCCGUCCAUCUUCAACCAUAGCGAUCACCAGCCACCCGUCCGCCCCGAGCCAGUGUGCAGCGUGGCGGGGGUCUCCUACGUGAACAGAGUCCAGGCUGACCGACAGGGCAUGUUCUCCAGGCCCAAAGAGCCCAGUCCCAGAGAGACAGGACAAGUAAGGGAGUCUUUGCAGGACGUAAACACCCAAAUGAGCGACAUGUCUGUCCGCCCAUCCUCCUCUCCGCCGAGGGACAGUCUCAUCUGUCCACUCAGCUCAGGCCUGAUGUUGGAGAAAAGGAGCACGUACAGCUUCAGUGAGGAGGACCUUGUCAUGGUGCUCUAUGGCUACUGCAAGAACCAGGAGCAGAACUGUGGUCAUGCCAUCUCUGGAGUUGCGUUCCCCGACAGCACAGGCCCUGAUAAUCAGCUGAGUCUGAUGGAUCCAGAGGCCCUUGAAUUACCGGAAGGGCUGUCCAUUCUCCAGACACAGUAUGGGGGUGUCGCUCAUUUUGGGGUCUUCGCAAAGGAAGGCAUCAUUCCCAAAGGCACCAGAUUCGGGCCGUUCCGCGGAAGGUUGGUGAACACCAGUGAGAUCAAGAUAUAUGACGAUAACACGCUCAUGUGGGAGAUCUUUGAGAACGGCCGUCUCAGCCACUUUGUGGACGGCAGGGGCACCUGCGGAAACUGGAUGUCCGCGGUGAAGUGCGCCCGCUUCCCUGAGGAGCAGAACCUCCUGGCAGUCCAGAGCCGCGGUCAGAUCUUCUACGAGGCGUGCAAAGAGAUCCAACCCAAGCAAGAGCUCCUCGUCUGGUACGGGGACUGUUACAUGCAGUUCCUGGGGAUCCCGCUCACGCUGAAGGAGUUGGUGGAUGAAGGCCAGGACCCAGGUCCCACUGAAGACUCCGGCGAGGGAUUUAAGUGUGAGCGCUGCGGCAAGGUGUUCGCCUACAGGUACUACCGGGAGAAACACCUCAAGUACACGCGCUGCGUGGACCAGGGCGACCGCAAGUUCCCGUGCAGCCUGUGUAACAGGUCCUUCGAGAAGCGCGACAGACUGCGAAUCCACAUCCUGCACGUGCACGAGAAGCACAGACCCCACAAGUGCUCCGUGUGCGGGAAGAGCUUCUCUCAGUCGUCCAGCCUGAACAAACACAUGCGCGUGCACUCGGGCGAGCGCCCCUACAAGUGCGUCUACUGCAACAAGGCGUUCACUGCCUCCAGCAUCCUGCGGACCCACAUCAGGCAGCACUCGGGUGAGAAACCCUUCAAGUGCAAACACUGCGGGAAAGCGUUCGCGUCCCACGCGGCCCACGACAGCCACGUGCGGCGCACACACGCCCGAGACGCGUCGCACUCGUGCGACAUCUGCGGCAGCGCGUUUCGGGAACCGCAGGAGCUGCGACUGCACAUCAAGUCCCACAAAGAGAGGCCCCCGUCAGAAGCCCCACUUCCACCCGCGGCUCCUGCGAGCUUCCUCGUUACCCGCGAGUGUCCGAGAGCGGCGCAAAGACCCACGGGAGACUUGAACCCCCGUAGCGGGACCCCCGCGCGCACCGCCGACUACAAACACUGGAAUUAAACCUCUUGGUCACAACUAAAGACGAGCGCGAGACGCACCUGACAACACGCUGCUACCCGUUUUGUUCUGUAGAGGAUAUGAUUUCAUAGAUGCAUUUCAUGCCUUUUUUUAUUAAAAAAAACAUCUGUAAAACAUUGUGUGCAAGACGCUUUUUUUUUGCCAAUGCUAUUUAUGCGCGCCCAUAAUUUAUAUUCAUAAUGCGAAUUUCAC